UCGCGGGCGUCCGCUAGUAUAAGUAUAUACUUGUACCACAUAAGUACUUGCUAACUAAAUUAAUUCACAACUAAAAUAAACCGAUUCCCAGUUAAAAUUAAUUGAUUCUAUAGAUAUGCCGAUUUCUUUUGUAGGUAACUGGUUUUUUUAACAAAUUAUACAAACCAAGGAGAGUUUACCUAAAGGUAUCUACAUAUUCUAUUUUUUGUACAUAAGUACCCACCAUACUUUUAACAUAAAAUACCAUAGAUAUGCAUCGCCAAUUCGCCAAUAAUUCAGAAAAAAACCUGGAAAAUGAAAAGAAAGGAUUUAUCUCACAUAAGUCCUAUUUAUCUAAACUACUAUUAUUAAAUAUUCAAAAUUAGUCGUAAGUCGCGGCCUAUAACUUGAUCUAUGCGCAGUUAUAAUUUUCGAGUGUUAGCGAAGCGACAUACGAUCGAGUAUGUAAUAAUCACAUCACUGUGGCGCCAUUAAAUCCUAUAUGUAUAACAGUUAGUCUUUAACCAUUUGGUUUUGGUGUAUGAAUGAAUGAAUGAAUGAAAUAUACUUUAUUGUACACCAAAAAUAAUAAUAACAGGCAAGAAAUUAACUUAAAAACUAAUGUACAAUUGGCGGCCUUAUCGCUAAUGAGCGAUCUCUUCCAGACAACCAAUCCAGGUGUACCUGCGCAGAAUGACUGACAUUCUGUUCAACUUAAUUGCCGGGGUCUAUAGUUAUACUUCGUUCCUCCGUCUUUAACAAUGGUAGUUCCGAAGCCUAUACGCAAACCAAAUGAUAAAAUUAUCUCUUUGUAGAUCCUUCAAAAUAAACGUAAUUUUCUUAGUUUUUUUAGUAGCUGCCAAUGGUCAGAUGAAAUUCGCAUUUCCUUUAUCUAAGGACAGUUUCCGACAGAUUCAACGUGCACUAAUAUCAGUACCGAAAGGGAGGAAAACGGAAUUGAGCGACAUCCGUAUAAAUUUUUAUAGUACAAAUGAGAUAGAUUCCAAGUUGUACAAGAUCGGGAAAAUUAGCUCACUGUUAUCAGACCCAGUGUUCGAUCUGCAGAAACGGACUAUGGUUUAUAUUCAUGGGUAUGUGGAGAAGGCAAGUGACAGCAGUGUUGCUAGAGUAGUGAAGGCGUAUCUCGCUCACGGUGGCUUCAACAUCCUGGUGCUGGACUGGGCUAACUUGGCGUUUGGAGAUUAUAUCAGUGCGCUGCUAAAUGUUAAACCGGUUGGCAACGAAGCAGGCAAAGGUUUAUUAAAACUACUCAAACAAGGGUUGAAUAUUGAAGGGCUGCAUAUAGUGGGCCAUUCCAUGGGCGCCCAUGUUGGUGCUGUUAUAGCGAGGUACCUGAAAAUUAGGGGCUAUACUAUACCGAGGUUAACUGGUCUGGACGCGGCACACCCUGGCUUCUACCCACCGAUACUGACUGCGCCCAUCAACCCAAAAGACGCUGACUUCGUGGACAUCAUCCACACGGACGGAGGUUGGUUCGGUGCCCCGGACCGGACUGGCCAUGUGGACUUCUGGCCAAACGACGGCACAGCCAAGCAGCCGGGAUGCCUGCCUUUCACUUUACCACUGACAGUGGAAAAUUUCUGCAGCCACUGGCGUUCGUGGCUUUACUGGGCCGAGUCAGUUGAAGGAGGCGAGUUCGUGGCACGAAAAUGUGACAACUACGACGAUUUCCUUCGCGGAAAAUGUUCCGGGAACGGUUACAUGGGAUUGGCUGCUACACCGAACAUGCGUGGAAAUUACUAUUUACGAACGGCGACACGAGAACCUUUUGCGUUAGGAGAGAAGGGGGCAUUAUGAGUCGACAGUAAAUUUUAUAUAUUAGUGUUCAGAGUGCCUAGUAAGAGUUUUCAAUGUUUUCAUACUGUGAGGAUCGCGUAAACGUAAACGCAAAUUUCUAAGGAAUUGAAACAGUUGUGUAGUAGUGCCACUAGAUGGCGGGUUUGGCGAAAUUCGCGUUUACGUUUACGCGAUCGUCACAGUAUGAAAACAUUGAAAACUCCCACUAGGCACUCAGAUUAGUAAGAUUGUGAAUUCAGAGUUAAUUGCGAACCUUUUUUGACUUUAAUUGUAAAUAAUAAAAUUUAUAUGGUUAUAAAAGUUUAUUUUUAUGUGUUAAAUCUCUGAACCUUCUAUCUUCGUUAUUUUUUAGUUCAUUAUCUCUGCACAGGGUCAGACCUCCCGUCUUAUGGGAGAGGGUAUAAUAUGGCGCUUAAACCCUGCUAUGAGUAUAGUCUAUUGUCAUAAACUAUGUAACGUCAAAGUCAUUGUCAAUGUCACUGUCACUGUCUAAGUGACAACUGUCACUGUCACUUCUAAGUGACAACUGUCACUAUCAUGCUAAAUAGGUACGCAUUACUCAUUACCUAAUCAUUAUAUAUUUUCGGCAUACUGAUUCUGAAUAU